AUGAAGUUCCUGGCGCUGCCGACCUCGCUGCUCCUCAGCAUCACCAUCCAGGCACGAGGUUCAGCGGCCCAACUCCAAAACGACUUUUCGGCAUACCCUGAAGACUCGCAACAAUGCCUCACCGACGCGGCAAACCAGACGCAAUGUUCGGGGGAAACGGGGCAGGAGAUGAAUGAGUGCCUGUGUAAGAAUAAGGGGAAUUUCAUUUAUAACACAGCCACGUGUGUCGCGAAGAACAGCCCGAGCGAUCUAAAUGCCGUCUAUGAUACCAUGGAAAAUAACUGCCAGGGCACCGGCGUGACCAUCGCUGUGUCUAAGGACGCGUUUCUAUCACAGGCUGCGGCAGCCACUGCGUCAACGUCAUCCACGUCGCCAACGUCGACGUCGUCGGGCUCACCUGAAGCGACGGCAAGUUUGACCCCCGGAGCACAGAGCGCCAUCUCUACAGGCGCAAAAAUCGGUUUGGGCGCUGGUAUCGGCUUCGGUACCGUCGGGUUGGGGCUCCUAGCGUGGUUCGUGUGGGCGUACUCACGAAAGCGGCGGUCACAAACCCCUCCCCCUCCAUCGGUACACACGACAAAUCACGAUGUCGAGCUUUCGAACAGCAACAUGGCCGGUAACCAGAGCUUCGUUUCGUCAAUGGCAUCGCCAGCUGUUGCGUAUGCGCACCACAACACGCAGUUUGGGGCUGCGGAGCUAGGGGACUCGCAUCAAGAGUGGAAGGAACUUCCAGCGGACAGUUAUAGCCAUGGGAAGGCCGACGACACCAGCUACAAACGCACAUCCGACGUUCCACUCCUGGCGGCAGAACUAGGGCAUGACGAGCCGACCUCACCUAUCCCUACGUACGCCGUCGAGCUGCCGGCCGAGGUGGUGUACCCUCCUCAGAGAACACCUACGACGCCUACUGUGAGCCCGAUGACGUACAGCCCAUAUCACGAACACGGGUACACGCACCAACACGGAACAGGAGGAUGA